UUAACCGAGAGAAAUAGUCCGACACCGACAGCCGUUUCUAAAAUAGACAAGAUCGCCUUGAACCCCCAUCCCGCCCAUAAACCCUCCUCUCCAGUCCCCUCAAAGCCAUCUCUAUUUUCUCUCGCUUGGUGCUCAGGAGCAACUCGGUAGGUAGAAGAAUUCGCGUAUUAGUUCUGCGAGCCGUACUAAGGUUUCUGACCUGGAAUAACGGAGACCGCCAACGAAUACUUGUAAAAGCGGAGGGGUCGAGAGAGGACCGGUUAACCGACUCGGGAAAGGGGAAGAGGAUAUUUUAAGAUCGAAUCAGUGUAUAUUUCCCAAAAUACAGAGCAAUGAGUCGCAGCAUUGUGCGCCAGAGUAAGUUCAGGCAUGUUUUUGGGCAGGCGGCGAAGGCAGAGCAGAGUUAUGACGAUAUACGGGUUUCCAAGGUGACGUGGGACAGCUCCUUCUGUGCAGUUAAUCCAAAGUUUUUGGCAGUUAUAGUGGAGUCCAGUGGAGGCGGAGCUUUCUUGGUUAUGCCUCUUUCAAAGAUGGGUCGAGUGGACAAAAACUACCCCCUAGUGGUUGGACACUCUGGGCCUGUUUUGGACAUUGACUGGUGUCCUCACAAUGACAACAUCCUGGCCAGCUGCUCUGAGGACACCACUGCCAUGGUAUGGCAGAUCCCUGACCACACCCCCUCUCGUCCCAUCAGUGAACCCAUUGUAGUGUUGGAGGGCCACUCUAAACGGGUGGGCAUUGUAAAAUGGCACCCAACUGCCCGUAACAUACUCCUCACUGCAGGCAGUGAUAAUCUGAUCAUCAUCUGGAACGUGGGCACUGGAGAACCCCUGAUCACUAUGGAUGACCAUCCCGACCUCAUCUACAACAUCAGCUGGAACUACAACGGCAGCUUAUUCUGCACCACCUGCAAGGACCGGCACCUCAGAGUGUGUGAUCCCCGCAAAGGCGAGGUGGUGGCGGAGAGACUCGCCCCACAUGAGGGUAUCCGGCCGAUGAGAGCUAUCUUUACCAGAGAGGGCAACAUUUUCACUACAGGUUUCACCAGGAUGAGCCAGAGAGAGCUUGGUCUGUGGGAUCCGACUAAUUUUGAAGAGCCCAUUGCAUUACUGGAGUUGGACACUAGUAAUGGAGUUUUAUCGCCUUUUUAUGAUCCCGACACCAACAUUGUGUAUCUGAGUGGCAAGGGCGACAGCAGUAUUCGCUAUUUUGAGAUCACAGAGGAGCCUCCAUAUGUGCAUUACAUCAGCACAUUCAGUAGCAAGGAGCCACAGAGAGGAAUGGGCUUCAUGCCCAAGAGAGGAGUGGAUGUCAGCAAGUGUGAAAUUGCCAGAUUAUAUAAACUCCAUGAGCGAAAGUGUGAGCCUAUCAUGAUGACAGUACCCAGAAAGUCGGACUUGUUCCAGGAUGACCUGUACCCAGAUACAGCAGGUCCAGAGCCAGCACUGGAACCUGAAGAAUGGUUAGAAGGACGAGAUACAGACCCCAUACUAGUGUCUAUGAGAGAUGGUUAUGUUCCUCCAAAGAGCAGAGAGCUUAAGGUGGCCAAGAAGAAUGUUCUGGAAACCAGGCCCACAACACGUAGAAGCAUGUCUGCAGUAGAAGGAAGCAGUUUGCCACCUCAGUUGUUGGAGAAGCUUGUUGAGGAGAUCCAAAGUCUGAAGGCCACCGUUCUUUCUCAGGAGAAGCGAAUAUGUGACUUAGAGAAUAAGCUCUCCAAGUACACUAAUGGAACAGUCUGACCGCAUCAAUAAAGCUAAUUCAGCCUAUGCACACUGCCCAAUUCACUGCUAAACCUCACAAAUAAAUUAUGAGCACUGAUAGGCCAUCCCACCCCAAUUCACCCCAGCUAUGACUCGUUUUAUCAUAAACAACACUGUAACUUUAGUUCCAUGGCUGCACCGCCAUUUAACUUCACAAAGCCUUUCUAAAUGUUAAUAGUUUCCUUAUAGUUACUGAUUUUGGGAACAUUUCAGAGCAGAAGGAGAUUAAUUUAGCAAUAGGCACUAAUAAUGUUUUUCCUGGUACUUUAUAGUAGAUUUGGUUAUAUUGUGUUGUAGAACACAAUAUUAGCACUAUUCCUUAAGUAUUUAAGGAAUUGUAAGUUAAUCAAGAGGCCUUUAUGUAAACUUUGUAAUAGGUAGGUAAAGGCCGCCUUGAUUUGAUGAAUUACAAAUGCUUGCAGCUUUGCAACCAUGAAAUGGAGAAAAAAGUAAUUGUGCUGCAGCUUUGUGUGUUUGUUAAAAGUCAUAGUCUCUAUGUGAACAUACCUCAUAGUUAAGACCUGGAGCCUGAUGUAUAAACGUUGUGUAUGCACAAAAUUAAUCAUCUGAGCAAUUUCCCAUGAACAUAUUAUGAUUUAUAUAAAAUAAACUUGCCUUUAAAUAUGUGUGCACAGUCUGGACACUCUUGACUGUGCGUACGCACUCUACUGGUGUGUGCGUGAAUUGGCGACUCCAGCUGGACAAAUAAUGAACAGAACAGACAGAUUUUAAACUGUGAUUUUCAUUUAAUUCACAUUUAGAAUAAAAAGGUAUGUAGUUAAGCCAAUAGUAGGCUAUAUUAUUUGUAUGUAUCUAAUUAAAAAAAGACCCUCAUCGCAAUGAAACCCUCAUUCUAGUCUGAUAAAAACAUUAUGAAAAGAAAAUUUGCCGUUCAGCUGUUUUUUUAUAUAUAUAAAAUACCAGUCAAAUAUAAAAUCUUAGUAAUACGAUGAUAGCAGACAAUUCUGCACAAAGAAUUUUAAUAAUUUUAGUUUUGUUUCCAUUACUUAAUAUUUAACUUCUCAAUAAAAUAACUUAAAAGGUUUUCUGAGAAGCAAAAUUGCUUAAGUUAGAUUUAUGUCUGCAAAGAUAGAGACAGUUUCCAAGGGAUAUUCAAGAUAUAUUCUUUGAAAACAAGUUAAUAUCUUAAUAAAUAAUGUUUCUUCAUGGUGCAGCAUCUAACCUUUGGGCACACAUGUGACAUUUAAAGUCUUAUUUCUUACAAUACAGUUUCUCGUACCGUUAAACACAGUAAUCACGUGUCUGGAUGGUGAAACACGUGUGGUAAUUGUAUGCAGAUGAGGUUAUUUUGGGGAGGAGACGGGGUGGGGAAUGAAUCGUGCACGUGUACGCACAAUCUUCCACUAGCUGGGAUUUAUAAGGGAACUAUGCGCAGGCUCUGGCGUACAUAGUUUUAUAAAUGUGAUUUUGUAUUGUGCAUAUGCAAAAUCUGACUUUUGUGCUUACACACACUUUUAGGAAGAAAUCGAAGCAGAGAUUUAUACAUGAGGCCCCAGGACCUGGGAUCAGAUAGAAGUAUAUGUUGCUGCAGUUGCACUUAUUUGAUCAAUUCUGUCUAAGUAAGAUCUAUGACAUGACUAUGAUUUGUCAGGACAUUAGGAAACUCUGUAAGAGUACUUUACGUCAGUUAUUGCCAUUUCAUCUUAAAGGAAUAAUUCACCUAAAAAUGAAAAUUCUGACAUAAUGUACUCACCUUUAUGUAGUUUGAAAACUGUAUGGUUGUCUUGUUCUUUUUCAGUUGACCGCAAAAUUAGUUGUUUAGCAGAAUGUCCAAACAACUCUUUUCUAUACAAUGAAAGUGAAUGUGAAAAAUUAUAGUAAUAUGAAGUACCAAAAAAGUGGUCCAUAAGAUAUAUUCCAAGUAGACUUUUUAUUUUAAGUCUCAUAAUUAUAUCUCAUUUGCGCAUGCAUGCUCAAACCUGCCUCAAGGCACCGCUGCUGGUUUGACAUCAAAGAGCAUUGCUGUAAAUUGUCUUAUGCUUUAUCAUGUUGCAACACACUUGAAUGUUUUGAAUUAAAUGCUAUGAGAUUUGAGAGCGGUGGAAGAUUUUCAGCAAAUAACAACUUCAACUUGACUAUUUUGGUACUUCAACUUCCACUAUUUUGGUACUUUUUUUUGCACUUUUUGGAGCUUGACAACCUAAUGUAAAUGUGAAGAAAAAGAAUACAGUUUUGGAAUGAAAUAUGGGGAAUGGAUAAUGACAAUCUUUUUCAUUUUUGUGUGAACUAUUUCUUUAUGCCAGUUGUCUAUAGCUUUAGAGCAAACUUUUACAAUUAAUUUCCACAUGUUUGUAUAAUCCAAAUAGAAUAAUCAAAUCUAACUGGACAAAAUGACAAAAGAAUGUUUGCAUAGAGAGCAUGUCCCCAAAUGUCCCUCUUCUGUGAGGAGUGCUUGCAUUAUUGGCUCUUACAAUGCUGAUUACCUGUCACUUUACACACCCUUGCCCUUCCAGCUUUGACCAACACAAUUAAAAAUCAUGUGGCUUCUGUGCAACAUUUCAAAAAUGUAAAUAAUAUUCUAGAAAAAAAAACAUGAAACAUGAAAAAUUACAAUAACAAAACCAAAAGACAUUAUUUUCUGUUUUAUGUAGAGGAUAAUUUGUGAGUAUUAUGGUUUGAAUAAAACCUUUUUUUGUACGAAAAUGUUUUCCAUUGUUGCAUGCAUUGUCACUUGCUGAUAAAACUAUACACACAC